ACACUGCUUCUGCUUCGGAGUAAAACAUUCUACAUACAACUUCUGGAAUGAAUAAACUGAUUUGCCUGGUCUUACUUUCAAGCUGUUGGAUCUUUCUCGGUGAAGGAUACGACCCUUGCUGUGCACAGCCUUGCCAAAACCAAGGUGUGUGUUUAUCUAAGGGUGCUGACGCUUAUGAAUGUGACUGUACCAGGACGGGAUAUUAUGGUGAAAACUGCACUACCCCCGAACUUCUCACACUUAUCAAAUCAACUCUGAAGCCGAGGCCAAACAUAGUGCAUUAUAUCUUAACGCAUUAUAAAUGGAUCUGGGACAUCAUCAACAACAUCUCCUUCCUGAGAGAUGCCAUAAUGAGAUAUGUCCUGACAUCAAGGUCCCAUUUGGUCAACAGUCCACCGACAUACAAUGCAGAUUAUAACUACAAAAGCUGGGAAGCGUAU